UUUUGACGAUUCCUUAUUUGAAUUAAAAUCACGUGGCUGCUGUGAUCUUUCUUGUGUACAUUAUUAAAUCGCACGCGCAAUUGUUCUGGAUUUCCUGUGGCUGCUGUGAUCCUUCAAGUGGCCUCUCCUUCCCUCCUCCCAUCUUUUAGAUUGCAUUCUUCGGUUCUCUGUGAUUUCAGUUACCGAGUUGUUGUAACAAAGACUAAUUGCCAGAUUAAGGACGCAGAAUCUAUAAGCUAGGGUUUUUAUUAUUAUUAUUUAUAUGCCCACUAAUCCCUUUUUCUAAAUGCUCUAUUAAUUUGGGGGAAAUUUUAUUUAAUUUUGAGUCGCUGGAAUAACUAUGGCUUCGAGUUUUGAUCGGUGGGAGAAGGAUCCUUUCUUCUCUGCGGCGGAGGAGGUUCAAGAAUCAGCGGACAGGAUGGAAUCAACAUAUAGAGCUUGGAUGCACUCAAAGAAAGACGCUUCGAGUUUGUGGAACUCUGAGGAGCUCCACCGUGAUCUUCGUACUGCCCUUGGCACCACCAAAUGGCAGUUAGAGGAGUUUCAACGUGCCGUCAGGUCAAGUUACAAUGAGAGCUUUACUGAGGAUUCAAGAGACAGGCAUAGUGAUUUUAUCAUUGCAAUUGAGGACCAAAUUUCAAAAAUUGAACAUUCGUUACAGGAAUCUGCCCUUUUGGAGGGCAAGCCAUCUUCACCUUGGGUGCGAUUAGAUGAAGGCGAGUGUAAUGAACUUGCAAUGUUUUUGUCGGGCCCAUCAGCAUUUGGAGAGAGCACGCCUCUGAAAAAUCAUAAUGGGGAUGAUGAAAACCAACAAAAUAUGUGUAAAGGAUUGACCACUGACCGGUUGAAGACCUCAAACCAUUUAGUCCAGUCGGGUUCCUUGGAGGCCAGAGAUGAGAAAUCUCAUCAGCAUAGGAGGACAGCCAGUGCUAGUGCUGACAUUGGCGCUUGGAAUGUUGCGAUUACUGAAGUUAGAUAUCAACCAAAUUCUUCUGAUGGGCAACCCUUGCAACCCCCACGAAAAGUACCUAGUUUAUCAGGAUUUUUAAGUUCCAUGGACUGUGCAUCCAAACUCAAGUUGCCAAAGAGUGGUGUUAGGAAAUGGAAGGCAAUGGAUAAUAAACAAGAAACUGAUACUAUACCCUUGCGUUCUUCACAAGCGACCAAGGGCAUUCAUGCUUGUUAUGAAAAAAGCAAGAGCUGCCUGGAUGGUUGUGAUGAAUGUUAUGCUAAGCAACUUUAUGGCUGGUCUGGAAUUAUACAGAGACAGCUUCAACGGUCUCAGUAUCAAAUGCAAUACAGUCGACCUUUUCAAGUGGUUUUCUGGAUUGCACUUUUCUUUUGUUUAAUUGUGUUAAUUGCAUUGCGUGUAUUAUGAGGGGCUACGUCAUCUUCGUUCUGCAGUUUACAUCUGGGGGCAAUAUGUGGUAUGAAGGGUGUUCUAGUGGCAGGAUGUAGGAAGCAUCCGGAAAAAGGUUUCUUCAUUGUCAUUAAGUGGUUCUAUACUCAUUAGGGAUAUAAGUAGGUUUUCAUUGUUUGUAUUCUGCAGUAUCAUGUUCCACGUAUAACUUCUGACUUUAUCCCUUUCUCUAAUUCAACGAUUCUUCCAUUCCCCUUCAAAUUUUGAUUUCUUUGAGGGGCAAUUAAUGUUGUAUCAUUGUAAGAGCCAAGAGAUGACAUAGAAAGUUAGCCAAGGAUGAUUUUGUAUGUUGUUGGAUCCUGUAAUGCAAUCUGUCUUGUUAUCA